AUGACUACAUCUCCCGACACAUCUUCCCCAAUCAAUACUAUCACUGCCUUGAACUAUGCGGAUGUUCAAGUGGACAAUGUCUUCAGCAUGAUCAAUACCGUUCACCAACAUCCUGGCAAUCGUAUUUUUGCUAGAAUUGUCAACAAGAACCGUCCCAUCUUUUUGGAGUCCAAAAACCAACAACAAAAGAAACUUUUGGUCCUAUCCAUGAUCAUUGCCGUACAAAAGAACGGCGGACGCUUUGUCCAAAAGAAUGAUGCUCAAGAAUGGGUUGCCCUCGGCAACAAGGAGGCCUUCGGAUUGAUCAUUGAAGCCUUGAAGCUUGUCGGAAUGCCACUUCGGCCAUCCAUUCUCUUGAACCGAAAGAGAGGAUCCAUCUUCAAGGCAUCCAUGUCCAAAACUGCAUCAUCCAAGAAGGUGACCAUCAGCUGCUGA